CUACCUAACCUUGGUUUCUAUAUCAGCUCACUGCAUCACCAUGGAAGCCUUCGGUUUGUUCACGUGAUAUCCGUGGUUACGUUUUACUGCCAUUUUGAUAUAAGUUUCUUUUUAUUAUUUUACACGGUUUGACAAUACUUAAAGUUCUAAGUUAUGAUGUUUAAGAACGUAGCCCAAAACUAGAACCGACGGUCACCGACUGAGAAAACUCAGCUCUUCUAAAUCUGAUACUAAAAAAAGAGUCUGUAUUACGAAAAUUAAUACUGAGUGGUAUAGUGGGUGGGUGACGUCAGAGUGGAAGGUAUGAACCCCUGGAGACCAGUGUGUUGCUUUUACAGCUGCCUGAUCAAGAUCCAUGGCAGUAUCAGCUGCGGUAGGCACAUCCGUUGUCAAGGCUAUCCCUAAUGAUUUUCACUGCAAAAAAAGAAAUAGAAAGAGUAGGUGCUCAAACGUUAUUGAUUGUAGUACAAAAUAUUCAACGGAAAGUUGCAGCAAUGUCCUGAGCAGAGAAACGCGGGGGAGCAGCACCCUUGUUGUACCAGCUGCAGCAUUUUCUUGUGGACCCGUUGGUGAUUACGGGUGGUCCGGAAUUAUCGGCAGCAAUAUUAUGGAAGAAGAUUAUAUCCUUCUGAACCUCGAUAACUCAUUAGAUAAAAGUAAGCAUGUGGAGGCAGUCAGAGCUCUUCGUUCUCAUAUGCUUUGUAAUGGGGGCAAGGUUAUGUAUAGGAAUCGCAGAGCAGUGUUUGUUGCAGUGGCUCGGAUGUUGGAAGCCAGCGGGAACGACAGCAGCAGCAAGGCCGUUUGUAUUCAGGUGAUUUCUGAAAUUUUGCAGAAUAAUGCCGAGGACGUAAAUCAGUUGCGAACAGUGGUACUCCCUGUACUCAUCAGUAGUUUGCAGGAUGAAAGUCCAAUGGUCCGCAAGGAGCUUGUACAGACUUUACACAAGUGUCUCAAGCAUGCUGAGAACCCACAGGAUGUUUUCCAGGCUCUGAUUGACUAUGGAUUAGAAGCUGAGGAUUCGAGUGUGAGAACAGCUACUACUGUUAUUUUGCCUAUUUUACUAACAAAAGAAACCCUUCGGGUAGACUUAUUUGAUGUAACUACAUCUUUAGUCAAAAAACUGAAUGGCAAUAAUGGUUUAGAUGAUCCAGUUGUUGCCUUUUCCACUUUGGAGCAGAUAAGACAACACGUUGGACAGGAUGAAUUCGGCUCCUAUUUGAAACGAUUACCACCAUCGCUUAGAAGAGCUCACAGCAGCUACAUGGAAAUGCACUUUGAGCAGCUUGCCAAUAUAAAUGGAAAAAAUCAUACAAUAAGGUUUGGUAACAAUUAUGAGAUUGGAAGUAUUGGACCCACAGUGGCUGCUGCACAGAGAGAUGAUUCUCCUGAUAAUUUAUUUAUUGAUUGGUCAUACUCUAAGAAUAACAGCAAUCUAAAAUUUCAUAUAAUUCCACAGGAGCUUUACUGCAGGCUUUUGGAUCAGAAUGAUUACAAGCUUCGAACACAUGCUGUUGAGGAGCUAAAACAUGUAGUUGGUGACUUUAAUUUUUCAAAUGUGCCUUCGACAAGCUGUGUUGGCUUUAUUGGCUUUUUGUGUAAUUUGCUGGAAGAUUCAAAUUUCAAAGUUGUAUGUGGUGCUUUAGAAAUUCUUAAUGUACUGGUUAUUGCUCUGAACCGCAAUGUUGAAGAGUAUCUAAAGCCAAUUGUAUCUGCUACAGUAAAGGUAUUGGGUGACAAUAAAGUUGUCACUAAACAAGAAUGCAUGAAAGUCUUUAUGGGGCUGAUGAAAACUGUUGGUCCUCAGAAGGUAUUGGAUUGUUUGUUAGAAAACAUAAAACACAAAAACUCCAGUGUGAGAGAAGAGGUUAUAAAUAUUAUUAUUGCUUCUCUUCUGACAUACCCUAGUGAAGAUUUUGAUUUGGUUAAACUUUGCUUUGCAGUUUCUCCCAGCUUAAUUGACAGUAAGCGGAAAGUACGCAAUGCAGCUUUGGAAGCUUUUGCUGUGUUUGCGUCUUCUUUAGGGGUAGGCAAACUCCAGCCUAUUUUCCAGGCAGUGGAUAAAGUAGAACUUCAGGAAAAUGUAGAUGGGGUUAUGAAUGCAGUGCAUGCCAGGUUAGCUCGAAAAACUCUUCCAAAACUGACACCUCAGGGACUUGUUGAGUAUGCAGUACCUGUAACAUCAUCUGUCCAUGGAAGAGGUCAGCAGCUGUACCAUGGUGCUGAUACAGAAUGGUUGCUGGCUAGUGGCCGAACACAAAGUGCACACAGUUAUCAUGGUGAUCAAGAAAAUGAUUUUCUACAAGGCUUUGGUUUGCAAACUUCUCACACUGAUGAACAACUUUCUCACAGAAGAGUGCUUAGUGCAGGGAAAGGAAAAAACAGGUUCCCUUGGGAAAAUAACAACAUGAUAAAUGAUGGCAUACACCAAGCCAGCUGGAUAACUAACACAACUCCUGCUGAGCAGCAGCACAGUGAUGUUCCUCCUCCACCACAGUCAAAACCAUCUCAUACAGUUCCAGCCAGUGAUGAUUUAUUCUUUACUAGAAAGCCUGUUUUACGAAAUAUGAUGAGUUAUGAUGGUCUGGACUUCACUAAUGCUAAUUCUGCUGGAAACCGUUCAAGCACUGGAAAUGUGGAGACCUAUCAGCCACGCAUUUCAGGCAAGAAAGGACUGCUAGGAUAUUCACGAAUGUAUGCAAAAAGUGGAAGUGUGGAUUCAGAUCUGCAGUUUUUGGGAAUUAGUCAAUUUUCAGAUAAAGCAUCUUUGCAUACUAGCAUCAGUCUUUCCAGCAAAGUCCAAAGAGCAUUCUACAGUCCCGUUCAAACAGAACGUACAUCAUCCUUUCCAAGUUCUGCGAGCAGCCAAGGAGCUUUCAUUCUUCCUUCUUAUCCUCUGUCAUCUCCUCGGACUAGUCCAAAGCAUAAUGAUCCUACAGAUGGAAUUAUAAAGAAAGCACAAGAUCAGAAUGUGAACUUCUCAAAUUCAUGGCCUAACAAGCAGUUUGAAAAGUUGCAGAAACCAAGUCCACAGAAGAAAUCUUCCAGUCAGAAACUGGAAGGCAUUACUGGAGAAGACAAACAGUCUCCCAUACCUAUCAAACCUGCUCUUGUAAGAUCAGCAUCAUCUAGAAGAGGCCUAAGUGGAACUAAACCUGUACCUCCAAUACCAAGGGGUGCCAGCCCAUUACCAGAUAAAGAAACUAUAAUUAUAGCUGACCAAAAGAAAGAAGAGAACUAUCAAGAGCCUGACAAUGUAUGGCUGAAUGAAAGUGAAAAGGAGAAAAAGUUAGAGCUAGACCUUUCAGAGUUAAGUGUACAAGAUGAAGACCUUGAAGAGAUGAUAAGCUCUCUUAGGUCCUUGAGAAACAGUGCUGCUAAAAAGAGAGCCAAACUGGGUGAAAGUAAUUCUGAUCUUGAGAGCCCAGACUCUGCAGUGAAGCUUGAUUUGACAACAGACUCACCAUCCCAUGCUUCCUCUCCAGUCACUAGUCCCUACAGUGAGAGUGGAGUUUCUAGUCAAGGGUCCCUAACUUCACCAUCAUCUACACUACCUCUUAGCUGGAAAACAAUGAAUGACCAUUCCUCUCCUUUUGGAUCAAAACCACAUUUAGUUCGUAGUUCAUCAGGAAAAAUGAAGCCUCCAGUAGUGGAAUACAACCCGAAUUCUGGUGUAACAUUUCGUGACAAUUCCACUUCAGAUGUAAGUAUUAUUGGACAGCGUAUGAACUAUGGAAGUGGAACAGCUGAUAUAGAGGAGGAAAAAUGUAAAGAACUUAUAUUUUCUACUGUUGUUAAAAGUCAAGUUAAAGAACAACAAAAGAGCUCAAAGUUCACAAAAGGUCUUACAGGAUCUGUUGCUAGCGUACAGAUGAACAACCAUGACACUACUGGACAUAGCCUAUCUGAUGACUCAGUUGUGAUUGUUGGAAAAGGUGUUUUUGGAAGUCCCCCUUCAUUUUUUCCUUUAAACUCUAACCACAUGGUAGUAAGCACUGCUGACAGUAUAGAAGAUCUGUCCGUUAUGAAGCAAAAUAUGAAGCCUCCAGCUGGCAUCUAUGGUAAAGCUGUUCAGCAAAACAGUCAAGCCAACAAUGAUAGUACUGAAAAUGAGAGAGAUAUUAAAUUUACCUUAUCAAAGUCUGCUCAGGAGAAGAUGAGACAAAAGAAGAAGGAGGACAAAGAAAUGAGCGUUAAAGAACAGCAAGAGAGUAAGGAAGAUGAAAAGAAGCAGCAUCACCUGAGAGAAAGGUUGAAGAAUAUAGACACAGAAAAGGUGACAGAAGAAUUAAGCAUCACCGGAGAUGUUCUUUUUAAACCCAAGACAGAGUCAUUACCUUCAGAAAAUCCCAUCUUUAGUCCACCGCCAUUAAAAAGAAGUUCUAGUAUAAGGAAAACAAAGUCAUCUGUUUCUCCAAAUUCUGGUGAACUCUCCCCAGGGUCUAAAGCAUGGCGUAAAGAUCGUACAUCAAUGGUUGCACAUAGUCCUGAGAUCAUUGACCCAGCUGAUUUGCAUCCAUUUUCCAAACCAGAACUUGCACAAGCUGAUGCACUCAGAUUCCUAGUUGAUGAUGAUUGGGAAAGGAAGAUUGAAGGUCUAAAUUUUAUUAGAUGUUUGUCAGCAUACCAUUCUGCUGUAUUGAUGACAAAACUGCAUGAAACAGUUCUUGCUGUCAUUCAAGAGGUGAAGAACUUAAGAUCUGGAGUUUCUCGAGCUGCAGUUGUCUGUUUAGCAGAUAUGUUUACACACCUGAAAAAGAAUAUGGACCAGGAUUUAGAUGCUACAGUGAAAGUAUUGUUACACAAGGCAGGAGAACCUAACACUUUCAUAAGAGAAGAUGUCGAUAAAGCACUAAAUGCAAUGGUGACUAAUGUUACUCCAGCAAGAGCACUUUCAUCACUAAUAAAUGGUGGCUUAAGUCACUUGCAUACAGCAGUAAGGAAAUGUACAGCACAACAUUUAUUCGAAGUGGUUGAACGAAUGGGUCCCGGGCGUCUGUUGUCAGGAAUAAAAGAUGUAACUGAUCGAAUUUUACCUGCAGCAGCAAAAUUUGCACAGGAUAGCUCUCAAGAAACUAGGUAUUAUGGACGGAAGAUGCUUGAGACAAUGAUGUCCUACCAAGACUUUGACAAAAUACUUGAGAAGUACUUAUCGCCAAAGGAUUUGCCUUACAUAAAAGAAACAGUUAAUAAUAUACGUCAGAAGGGGGUUGGGGAACCAGAUACUCCAUCAGCAAAGGGCAGGCGUUCUCAUCCUGGAAGUGGAGGAAGUAUGAGAGUAUUGUCAAAUUCAAGAGAUACACAGGGUUUACUGGGAAGAGAUAUUGUAGAUGUACGAGAUAUAGCAUGGAAGCCCACUCCUCGGAAGCUAAUAGAAAAUGCAGAGUAUGUGAAGGAAUUGACAAGUUUGCUGAAUUCAAAAGACUUCCGUGACCGUAUCAGAGGAAUUGACCAACUAAUGUCAGAUUGUCUGAACGACCAAGACCUUGUUGCUUCAAACAUCAUUAAGAUCUUUGAUGCUUUCAAGUCUCGCCUGCAUGACUCAAACAGUAAGGUGAAUCAAAUAGCUUUGGAAACAUUGCACAAGAUGAUACCACUGCUUAGAGAGAACUUGACUCCAGUUGUCAACAUGAUGGUUCCUGCUGUUGUAGACAACAAUUUGAAUUCCAAAAAUCCUGGAAUCUAUGCUGCUGCCAUUAGUGUUAUUGAUGCUCUUAUUCAACACUUAGAUAAUUCUUUGCUACUUCAAACCUUUUGCACUAAAGCCCAGUUUUUGAAUGGCAAGGCUAAACAUGAAAUGACCGAGAAAGUUGCUGAUCUAGUGACUUUGUAUCCAGUGAAACCUCAAGCUGUGGAACAAAAGGUAUUACCUGUCCUCUGGAACCACCUAGGAAAUAUAAGGAGUACCAGUACCCUUCCUGCAACGGGAGGGAACAUUCGGACUGCUACAGCUAAACUUGCUAAAGCUCUUUUUGCACAAAUGGGUCCAAGUUUAUUGGAACAAGCAGCCUCCCAACCACCUCACAUCAAAAAAACUUUAGAGGAGCUCCUUGAGGUUGCUACCUAAACAUAGCUGAAGUACAAAUUUACUUAGAAAGAAAUGGAAAAAGGUACAAUUUCUGCAGUGCCUGUACCUUUAAUGGACAAAACUAAUCUCAUAACCUUCUGAUAUUGACAAUGAACAAGGUAAAUGUUCCUUUACUAGCACUACACAGACUCCAUUCAGAUCAGUAUCAAAAGUCUAAAAUUUAUGCUGCUUUUGGACCACAGGAUUUUAAACCAAACGUCAUUUUCAUAAGAAAAUCCUGAUUAUUUGCACUCUGUUUAGACACUGCAGUACAUGUAUUGUUUUGUGUAUUAUUAUUAUUAGAUGUUUAUGAUGUUGUUAUGGAAUGUAAAAUUUGUAAUGUGCAAAAUAUAUAUUUUUCUUUGUAAUCAGGUGUAUAUUUGUAUCCGUCUUCAAUGUCUAAAAUGCUUUUUAAUAUAAGUGAAUUCCGUUUGGGUGUUAAAAAGAACAGGGUUUCCUCCUAUUGCUGCAGAGGCUGUAUAGUUUCCCUGAUCACUCUAUAAACUUAAUUGUUCAGUAUUAGCUUGCUCCUGCUGUUGUCAGAUCGAUUAUAACCUUAUUGGGCUUGGCUGCUACAUGCAAUCAUCUCUGAUAUACAGAGAAUAAUGAACAUAUUAAACAAUAGCAUGAUUACAAUUCCUAAAAAGAUAUUUUUUUAAAGAUGUCAUCGUACAUGGUUGCCUAAAAAUCAAAGUAUUCUCAGUGAUGUAGUACUUUCCUAUUUUGUAUGUAUACUAAAAUUUAUCUUUUAAAUAUCAAACUGUUUAUAUAAAGAUUAAGCUAAAACCAGUAAUGCAAUUCUUGUCAUCAAUAGUGCCAGGCAUCAUAUAAAACUCAAGAGUUCUAUGACUACAUGUACUGUACUCAUUUUAAGAGAAACAAAUUGUUGUUAAAUAAAUGUUUUUAUUUCUGUAA